GUCUAUUUGUGUAGGCGACACAUAUCAAACAUUGAACGAACAUAGCAGUGGCAAUACCGUUAUGUAGGUAAUAUACUUGUAUCAUGUAACGAGUAACGCUCCUGACUCCGCGAAACGAAUGCCCGUCGUGUGAAACAGAAGAUUCCAGAUACCACACAAGCAAUGGGAAGUCAUUGCAAUCCUAACAUUGGGAUAAUCAUAUACUCUUAGAUCAUUUCAUUAUGAUAACAACAAAGUGUAAUGACUAGUGUCAUUGUCAUUUAAACGCGCGAUAAGUCUGUUUUAUAUUGUUGCUACUUGCUUUCAUUGUAUUCACCAUUUUAUGUAAACAACAAUUUAUCUCAGUUUCCAUUGAGACAAGUUUCUGUGUGGAGUUUUACUUAAAGAGACAAAAUAGAAAAUGGCACAAAAAGUCGCAGCUGUUACCGGUUCGAAUAAAGGACUGGGCUUCUUCAUAGUCAAAAGACUGUGUCAGCACUUUGAUGGAAUUGUUUACUUACUAGCAAGGAAUGAAGAAAGGGGAUUGGAGGCGGUAAGAAAAUUGAAUAAAAUGGGAUUAAAACCUGAGUUUCAUAUAUUGGAUGUCAGUGAUAAAGAAAGUAUAAAGAAAUUUGCUGAUUUCAUAAAAACAAAACAUGGUGGUCUGAAUGUUCUUGUAAAUAAUGCAGCAGUUAUGGAUUAUAAAACGGUUUAUCCGUCUUACGAAGGCGCCAAAUACAAUAUCGACGUUAAUUACAGAAGUUUACUAGACAUUGAAAAAUAUUUAUAUCCUUUACUAAGAGAUGGCGCUAGAGUUGUCAAUGUGUCAAGCAUGUGUGGCCACCUUUCCAAUUUACGCAACAAAAAGUGGCUAGAUUCAUUAACAAAAGAAGAUUUAGAAACGGAAGAUAUCAAUAAUUUUGUUGAUGAUUAUUUGAACAGCGUAAAGAAUGGAACUUUUAAAAAAGAAGACUUUGCUGAUGAGGGUAAGCAUGCAGAACAUAGAGUAUCUAAAAUCGCUAUGACAGCUUUGACAAUGGUGCAACAAAGAAAAUAUAAGAAUAUAUCAAUAAACGCUAUCUAUCCCGGUUACUUAAAAACCGAUAUGGCACCCAAAGGUGUAAAAGAUCCAGAAGAAGCAGCAGAUGUUAUUGUUUACCUUAUUUUAGAAGCAUCUCCUAAUCUAAAAGGCACGUUUAUGUGGGACACCAAAAAAUUGGUUGAUUGGUACGACGUUGAUGGUGAUUAUUAUUAUAAACAUGAGGAUUAAAGUCACAAUAAUACUUACAAAAUAAUAUCUAAAUCAUGAAUUGAGUUUUUAUUAUCGUUUAAAAAGAAAAUAAAUACAUUUUAUUAUUUUGAA